AUGCUCCUCGAAGCAUACCUGGAGACGAAACGUGCUGCUGAUUUGUCGAAGCGUAUUAACGGGCCGCAUCAUCCCGAUACCCUGCGUCUGCAAAGGGCGGCAGAGUUGCAAAAGAGGGCCGGCAACAUCCAGGAAGAGCUGCUCAAGAUGAUUGGUGAACCAGCCGUCCUGUCAGGUGAGGUUGUGACCUACAAGGGGCGCAUUCUUCACGAGGAUGGCUGUGAGUGCAUAGUCUCCUUCCGGGGCAAAUAUGCGGAAGCAUGGAACGAGUGCACCCGAGCGCAUCAACAUCACAUGAGCGUCGCGUGCGUCUUCUUGCCCGACAAGAAAGCCGGCUUUGGUUUACACGCGCCUGAUCCAGAUGCUGAAGGCAAGUGUUUCUGUCCCAGACUCUACGGUGCCAGGAGCAAGGAGGUUUUCGGCUACAAGGAUGACGAGGCGGCCUUUCUUGAGAACAACGGCUUGCCAAUUUGGGGCUGUGAAUGGUUCCGUCAGUGGUGCAAGAACGUAGAGUUCGCCGUCGCCCGCAAACAGAAGUUGGUCGCCUACUUCUUUGAGGGACAAACGGGGAAGGGCAUCAUCAAGUGGGACGACUUGUGCAAGGAUGAUGCGAACCCGUGGGAUGGGGUUGGACUGGGCGGUUCGCAGAAAGGAGAGAUCGCGUACUUGCAGAAGAUGGGCAUUGACGUCGAGUUCCGCGACGUGAAAGAGGAUUUCAUCCAUCGCUUUCUUCCCCAGGCUCGUUGA